AUGCUCCCCGAAAUCCGCCUCUUCAACAACUCCCACACUCCCUUCGACGGAAAAAUCCUCGAUUUCCGCCGUCGCGAGGGCAUCGACAGCUACCUCAACCGCUACCUCGGGACGUUCCUCCGCUCCGCGGGCGGGCUGAACGAGAAAUACGGGCGCGACGACAUGCUGGACGUGCUGGCGCACAGCUUCAUGGAGGAGAACUCGAUGGCGAACUACAAGCGCGUGAUGAAGCAGGUGUUGAAGGCGAAGCAGAAUCACCCGGCAAGCUUCCGGUACUACAAAAUCAUGAAAAACGUGGCGAAAUCGGGACCGGAUUUCGUCGUCGAGGAACGGCAACGAGUCCAGACCGCCAUCGAGGCCGUCGACGAGGACUCCAAGGAGUACGCCAAGCUCCGGGCCAUGCAGAACGUGCUGACGCAGUUUGAGCGCGUGGAGAUUACGCCGCACACGGUGGUUUCGCUGACGCAGGAUUCGUUCGAUUUCGUGGUGAACGGGAAGCGGAAUGUGAUGGUGAAGUUCUUUGCGCCGUGGUGUGGACAUUGCAGAGCGCUGGCGCCGAUUUAUGAGGAGCUUGCAACGGUCGCGUUUGAUGGAGUCGUGAUCGCAGAAAUCGAUGCAGACCAUUAUAAGGACAUCGGUGAUAAGUAUGAUGUGCGCGGGUAUCCGACGUUGUUGUGGUUUGCGAAGGGAGAAGACCCGCUCAUGCCCAAGAUGGUGGAUUCGGCGAGAACGGUGGAUUCGCUUAUGGGAUAUAUGGAGGAACAGCUGAAGAUUAGCGGGGAUUGGGUGGAACCGGUGAAAAAGGAGGAAGAGGAGCAGGAUGGAGAGGAAGAGGAGCAAGAUGAGGGUAAAAAGCAGCAAGAGCAGGAGCAGGAGCAGGAGAAAAAGGAAAAAGAAACGGGGGUUGAAGAGGAAAACGCGAAUGAGGAAUUGUGA